AUGAAUAAAUAUUUGAAGAAGUUCAGUGAACAUGGGGUGAUCCGCACUGCUGUCUCCUCACUGGACAGGGAGACCAGGGCUCAGUACUGCCUCCUGGUGCAGGCCAAAGACAUGGCAGGCUCUGUGGGGGGGCUGUCCGGAUCCACCACCGUCAACAUCAGCCUGUCUGACGUCAACGACAACCCACCCAAGUUCCCCCAGAAAAGUUACCAGCUGUACGUGGCGGAGCAGGCCCCAGUGGGGACCCCCGUGGGAAGGAUCCAGGCCACGGACGAAGACCUGGGCUCCAACGCGGACAUGAGAUACAGCAUCACCAACACCGAAGCCGCCGCCAUCUUCCACAUCAGCUCUGAGCCUGUGAACCGUGAGGGCAUCAUCUCCCUCAAGCAGUUGGGUGUGCGCGUCCAAAAGACCACGGGAUCAGCCUACACCUACAGCUACGUCACCGUGGGGGAGUUCGUGGCCUUCUUCAUUGGCUGGAACCUGAUUCUGGAGUAUUUGUUCGGGACGGCAGCUGGGGCCUCGGCGCUCAGCAGCAUGUUCGACUCUCUGGCCAAUCACACCAUCAGCCACUACAUGAUCACUCACCUGGGGACUCUGCGAGGCCUGGGUUAA